GACUUCUUUCUCUUCUCCUAUGACAUACACAUCAGACAAGAUACGAAUCCUCUAGCAUAAUGACCACCCGCAAGCGCAACGACUUCCUCGGCAUCGCCGAAAGCGACGACGAGUCCGCCAACGACCGCGGCUACGACUCCGAAGCGGCGGAGCAAGAAAAGAGCAAAGGCCGGGCCGUGAAGCGCCGGCGCAUGCAGCCAGUACCCCAACCGCAGUCGACAAAUGAUCUACACGGAUUGAACGACGACUCAGAGGAGGAUGAGUCGGACAACGGGGUUGGGUUGGGGGACAGCGAGGAUGAGAGGGUGGUUAUGAAGGGAAGGAGCAAAUCCAAGAGCAAGAAACAGGCUGGAUCGGACGAUGAAGAGGAUGAGGAAGAGGAGAACGACUACGACAACGACGAAGACCACUACCUCGACGCCACAACAGAAAUCGAAGCCAAGAAAUCAACAAGCAAGAAACCCCUCGAUAAAGCCAAGAAGGCCCCCAAGAAAAACAAAACGGGGGUGAUUUAUUUCUCCUCUCUGCCUCCAUACCUGAAACCAUUUGCGCUCAAGAACCUUCUCGAAACCCGAUCAUUUGGGCCCAUCACGCGGGUCUUUCUAUCGCCUGAAGUGCGCCCCGCCAGCGCGCCCCGCCGCCGAUCCAACAAGCGGAAGACGUACUCGGACGGAUGGGUUGAGUUUGCAUCGAAGAAGACGGCGAAGAUCUGCGCGGAGACACUGAAUGCUACGAUCAUCGGGGGGAAGAAGGGCGGGUGGUACCAUGAUGAUGUGUGGAAUAUGAAGUAUUUGAAGGGGUUCAGGUGGGCGGAUCUGAUGGAGCAGGUGCAGAGGGAGAGGUCGGAGAGGGAGGCGAGGAAGAGGGUGGAGGAUUCGAGGGCCAGGAAGGAGGAUAAGGUGUUUUUGGAGGGGUAUGAGAAGGGCAAGGUUAUUGAGGGGAUUCAGAAAAAGAAUGAGGAGAAGGGGAAGAAGAAGAAGGAUAGUGCGAAGGAGGUGCGCAUGGUGUUUAAGCAGAAUGAGGUUAAGUUGGGGAGGGAUAAGAGUGCGGAGGAUCCGGGGAGACUUGGGGACGAUACGAAGAGGGUGUUGGGGAAGAUUUUUUGAUCUACUAUUCUCAUUUAUGUAGUCUAGGUUUUCUUACUUGGUUAAUAGAUAUCCCUAUUGUGUUGUUCA